AUGUGCUCAUCCAGCUCCUCUCUGUUCCUCCCAACCUACACUUCCUUCCUUGUACGACGUCGUUCUAUCUCCCCAACUGUAACCCUACACAAACCCAGAUCCCAAAGACUCCCUCAUCGCCUCUCUGCCUCAUUUUCCGACCAAAGCUUCGACCUUUCUUGGUUUCCUCCCGACCCUGAUCACUACGGCGGCUGGGGACCCCUCCCAGCUCCCAUUCACCCCAAAAACCAUGGGUUACAUACAUUUGUGAUCAGGACUAUUGGGGCUUCAGUGGCAGUUGCUGUGGCUGCCAUUGCUUACUUCUCGCUAACACGAAAAGGUUUUAAGUUUCGAGUUACUAGUCCAUUGCAAGUUCUUCACGGGAUAUUAAGUCCAGCUGAUACUAAAACUGUAAACAAUGGAGCAUUGGAGGAGGAUACAAGGUCGGAGACUAUGCCUGUUUCCGACGGGAAAAGUGUUGUUUCAGCUUCUGCAGAGAACCUUGAGAGGAUUUUAGUCCCGGUUGCUUUAGAUUCUACUCAACAGGAAGCUUUGACAGUUUUGAAGAAACUGAAGAUCAUUGAAGAUGAUGUCAAGGCUGAUGAACUGUGUACUAGAAGGGAAUAUGCUAAAUGGCUAGUUCGAAUAAACUCGUUGGAAAGGAAUGCAAAGCACCGACUUGUCCCAUCAGUUUCACUUUCUGGCUCCGUAGUUGCUGCAUUUGACGACGUGAGUGUCAAGGACCCUGAUUUCGGAUCCAUCCAAGCCCUGGCGGAAGCUGGUGUUAUUCCCAGCAAAUUAUCACCGAAGAGCUCCCAUGGAAACUAUUUCUUCCCUGAGAGGUUUAUAUCCCGACAGGAUCUGAUUGACUGGAAAGCCCAUUUAGAGUAUGACUUUUCGCCAGGAAUAAUUGAUCAGAUAUCAACAGUAGUAGGUUUUAUGGAUGUGAAAGAGAUCAGUCCAGAUGCAUCAGCGAGACUAUAUACUGACAUGCUUGCUGGGGAAAAAAGCAUACUCAGAAAAGUCUUUGGACAGUGCAAGCGACUGCAACCAAACAAACCUUCAACAAAAGCACAAGCAGCAGUGGCACUAACAAGUGGCAGGAUUUCUGAAGCAAUUUCUUCUGAACUUUUGAGACUGAAGGCGGAAAGUUCUGCAAGGAAGGCAGAGAUGGAAGUUAUUAGGUCCGAGUUACUGGAUAGAGAAGACAUACAGAAGUUUUGGGAUGAGAAACUAAAUGCAGUGAAAACCCAUGGUCUUGAAGUGGAAAAGGCUUAUCAUGCUGCCCUUAGUAUUUUGGAAGAGGAGAAAAUUGUUCAAGAAAAGCAUUCUGCUGAGCUUUUAAAGGAGAAGGCAGCUAUGGACUGUCAAAGGCAAUUGCUUCUCAGUCUCAAGGAAGAGGUCAAUGAGAUGUCAGAAAAGCUUGCAUCCGAGAGGACUACUUAUGUGGCUGAGAAGUGCAGCAUGCAGCAUGUGCUGAGUGAUUUAGAGACCAAGCGGGAAAGUAUGCUUGAUCAGAAAUCAAUACUUGAAUCUGAGAUAGAAGCUGUCCGAAUUCUAAAAUCUUGGAUAGAGGAUGAAGCAAAGAAGAGCCAAGCUCGUGCCAAGGUACUAGAGGAGGUAGGACGAAGGUGGAAAUGGGUUAACCAAACUUAACCAUCCUCCUUCCUAAGCUUGUAGAGAGAGACGUAUCAUGUUAGUUAUAUAAAUUCAUCAUCGGAGAAUCUCCUUACGGAGCUUCCAACUGUUUUGAUGUGUAUGUACUCAAGGCUUCCU